AUGAUUUGUAAAGACCAACGAAAUUCUAGAAAAGAUGAUUGCGCAACACUGAAGAGCACAGUGGCCCAAGCGAAGCAGUUGUUUCAGGCCAGGGCCCGCGGUUUGAUUGCAGCGCGUCGUCUCAAAGAGGAGCGAAACCCACCAGGAGGUUUGACUUGCGGCCUCUUGAGGACAUGGGCCGCAUAUGAGAGGCUUGGCCUGGCUCCGCAACAUAUUGUAUCAACAGAGCCCUUGCCAGUUGCCCGCUUGAAGCGGCCGACUCCUGCUCAGGUCUGGGAAUUUGUUGUGCGCAAUCAGCCCGUGGUCAUUGAAGAUGCUGUGAACGCGGAUGAUUUCCCGCCCUUCUUCGACUUUGCGGACUUUGAUUAUUUGCGGGAACGGUGUGGGCACCGCUAUGUAAAGGUAAAGGGCGACUCAUGCUGGGACAACAAAGGGCGACAACUUUUCCUCAACGACCCCACGAUUGAGAUCAGCAUAUCUGACUACUUGGAUUUGAUCGAGGUUGCCGAGGAGCAUGAGACGUGCAUCUCAUGGUAUAUGGGAAAGCUGCCGUUGCACACAGAUGUUCCCGAAAUGUUCGAGGACAUUGUGAAUGCCCCCAAUUCACCAUGGCGCAAGUAUGGCAAUUGCUUCGGUGAAAACAACAAAGGAGUUCACACAUACUUUGGCUGUGGCGGCAACACGACUUGCAUCCAUUCAGACCCCUCUGAAAAUUUGCUUUUCGUUGUGACCGGGGAGAAGUUCAUGGAUAUAUAUCCUCCCUGUGAUGCUGCUUGUAUGCAUACCACGGUGAAGAAGUUUUUGAACUCAUUGGUGCCACCGUUUAUUGAUCCAGCCUUUGUGCCAGCAGAGGUGGACAAGAAUUGGCCUUUUUACAAGCAUGCCCAACCUCAGCGAGUUCACUUGAAAGCUGGUGAUUUGUUUUAUCUUCCUAUCUUUUGGUGGCAUGCUGUGCAAGGUUCAAUUGGACGGAAUAUGAUUCUCAAUUGGUGGUGUCAGCAGCAUCCGUACAAGGAACACAAGUACAAGGGCUUCGAAGGAACACGGGAGGUCUUGGAGGUUUUGCAGCACCUGAACGAGGCCUGGUCUGAGACUGACUCGGCAAGCCCAACUCCACAGGAGAGGGCGGUUGCCCAAGAGCUUGGAAACGGAGUACUGUAUUCCGAUUCAAUGCGCGCUGCCAGCGACAGUAAAGACAUCUGA